GUUAAUUGUCAUGUGCCUGGUUAUUUUUGCUUCUUAAAAGGUUUUUUGUAAUUAAUUUUCUCUUUCAAGGAGAGGAAGAUAGUUAAAAACUGAAAUAAGGGCUUCAAUUAGAUCCUCUUGCUUGCUAUCAUUCCAAACUUGGAGAUAAGAGAAAGCUGACCCCUGGUUUGCUUAUCUGUAGGAUCCCCUGGGGAAGCUGCUGGUGGUGGUUUUUACAGGCAUUUCAAAUACCAUUUUCUAUGGUUCUUUGGCUGUUCUGAUUCUAAUUGAUGUUGGAGGGGUUCAGUGAGGAUUAAGCUCCUCAAUCAUGGAAGGUUUUUGUGAAACACCAGAAAAUGGUAAAGUAGCAGAUCCCGACCUUCGGAAUAUUCGGUACUUGCCAUUCCAACCCUGUACCGGAUUAUCAUUACUUUGGUUUGAUGUGAGAGUCUUCUAUGUUAGAGUCAGCAAUUUUCAGGUUGAUGAUUCAACCCCCGAGUUUCUGACUCUCAAUCAUAUCCCCUUAGACCCUGACACCCUUUUGGAAGUUAAUGGCAUUAGAAGCAGCAUAUACUCUGAUGGGGUCUCUAUACUCCUUAGAAGGGAUCGUGUAGAUAAGAGAUCGGAAGAAGUCACCUUUGUGAGCACAGAUAAUGUUAGGCUGACAGGAAGUGUGAAAUUUGAGGUGUUUGAUAAAAAGGAUCUCAUUCUCUCUGGUAUUUUGGAAAUGUCUAGUAGUAAUGGCUUCAUUGGGGAAUCGAAAAAUAACGUGAAACAAUGGAGUAUGAAUUGUGAAUCAAAUAUCACAUCUGGCAGCAGUUUCCUGAAGGGAAAGCUCAUUUCUUCUCCCAAAUUAUCACCACCAACCAUUGAGGUUUAUGUUGCGGGUUGCUUUUCUGGGAAACCAAUCAUCUUGACCAAAACAUUGCAACUUAAUUACCGGAAGAAGCAUAAUCGGAAGGGAACGUUAGAUGCAAUCCCGGAAUACGAGAGCACUGAAUGCCAGAAAGAUAUGUCACCUGAACUUGAUAUGCAGUUUUCAGAAUACAGAAACUACAAACCACCAAACGAAGAAGACUACAGUAAUAUUUUCUGGAGGAGGACAGAGUACAUGGAUGGCGAAGAUGGUGAGCUCUCAUGGUUCAAUGCAGGUGUAAGGGUUGGUGUAGGGAUCGGUCUUGGUGUUUGUCUUGGCGUCGGCAUAGGAGUUGGCUUGUUGGUUCGUACUUACCAAGCUACCACUCGAAGCUUCAAAAGGCGGCUUAUCUGAGUCCUUGCAUCUCAAUCGGUAUUACAGCCUGCUUUGUUGAGAUCCAAAAGCAUUAACGCCAUCUUGUAUACAAGGAUGCAUCAUUCAGUACAGAUUUUGACUGAGUAGUUCCCCGCGCUGCUUUGCAAUUAGUUUUUUAGAUAGUUUUAUUACUGCUAUUUGGAAGUAAAUGAUUGUUUAGGUAUUACAUGUUAAAGCCUGUAUGACUUGUAUUUCCCUGUAUAUAACUCUGCUUUUGAGGCAACUGGUGUGUCUUCUGUUUUCAUGGUAAAAAAAAAAAAAAGUAUACUUAGUUUUUGUACAA